AUGCCAGAGACCAGGCAGUCAGAGAUUGAGACGCUGAAGGCUGAAAUUGAGCAGCUUAAGGCAUUGAUGACAUCGGGGAACAGUAGUAAAUUUACUAUCCCCGAUCCCAUCAAGAACCUAUCGGAGUUUUUCGGUAGUAAGAAAGAACUUUCAAGCUGGCUACGGGAAGUAGACGAGCUAUAUGAAAUGUUGAACAUAAAGGGUGCCAACGGCCAGCCCGAUUCACUAAGCUCUAUGUAUAUUAGAGCGAUACAAAAUAAAAUAAGAGGAGACGCUCGCGCGAUUGUAUGCGCAAAUGGCGAUCCUGAUACCAUUGUUGGUAUCAAACAGAUCCUGUUAGAACAAUACGGUGAUCGAUUUGACUUUGCGACAAAUGUGUCGACACUGUUUAACAUUAAGAAAAGUGAUAAAAGUCACCUGAAAUUCUUUAACGAAUGCAAGGAGAUAAACACAAGACUUAAAUCUAACUUGAAUUCCAAUCCCACCACAGGAAAGGAAAUCAUAGAUAUACUAACCGUUACUCGAUAUCUUGACAAUAUCGGAGAACCUUUAUCCGCUAUCAUUAGAUUAUCCAAGCCUAAAACAUUAGAGAAUGCAUACGAGUCAGUGUGUAUAAACCAGAACGCGGAAAUUAGAUCUAGGCCCGCGAAAUCUCAAUUCAACAAAUUUCCCAACAAAAGCAACGGCCCCUCGAGUAGCUCCCCUAAGCAGCAUACAAAUUUGAAACCCCCAUAUAGGAAUCCGAUGCAAAAACAACAAUUUAAAUCAGAGUUCCACGCGAACGAAGUAGACGUAGAUAACGAUGACGACGACGAUGACGAUGAGGAUGACAAUGUGCAAGGUAGAACGAUGCAACCCAACGUGUCAAAUUUUCACUUAGAGGAAGACGAUCUCCCAACAACGUAA